CCGCCCCCGCGGGCAGGAGACGCCGAGCCGGAGGAGGAGGCGCAGCCGCUGCCCGAGCCGCAGCCGCAGCCGCAGCCGGAGCCGGAGCCGGAGCCCGAGCGGCGGCGCGGGCGCGAAGAUGCACACGACGCAGAAGGACACGACGUACACCAAGAUCUUCGUCGGGGGGCUGCCCUACCACACCACCGACGCCAGCCUGCGCAAAUACUUCGAGGUCUUCGGCGACAUCGAGGAGGCGGUGGUCAUCACCGACCGGCAGACGGGCAAGUCCCGGGGCUAUGGAUUUGUCACCAUGGCUGAUAGGGCGGCCGCGGAGCGAGCCUGCAAAGACCCCAACCCCAUCAUCGACGGCAGGAAGGCCAACGUCAACCUGGCAUACCUGGGAGCCAAACCCAGAAUCAUGCAACCAGGUUUUGCCUUUGGUGUCCAACAAAUUCAUCCAGCUCUUAUACAAAGACCUUUCGGGAUCCCGGCCCACUACGUGUACCCGCAGGCCUUCGUGCAGCCCGGCGUGGUCAUCCCGCACGUGCAGCCCGCCGCCGCCGCCGCCUCCACCGCGCCCUACAUCGACUACACCGGCGCCGCCUACGCGCAGUACUCGGCCGCCGCCGCCGCCGCCGCCGCGGCCGCCGCCUACGACCAGUACCCGUACGCCGCGUCCCCGGCCGCGGCGGGCUACGUCACGGCGGGGGGCUACGGCUACGCCGUGCAGCAGCCCCUCGCCGCCGCCGCGCCCGGGACCGCCGCGGCCGCCGCCGCCGCCGCCGCCGCGGCCGCCGCCUUCGGCCAGUACCAGCCCCAGCAGCUGCCCACCGACCGGAUGCAGUAGAGCUGCCCCGUGAUCCCCGCGUGGAAUCAUCAUCGUGUUCUCUCUCGGCCUCCCCGUUUUUCCAAUUUUUUUUUUUUAGUUGCUAAUCAGUUUAACAUUGACUUAACAGCUUUAAAAAAAAAUGCAAAAAAGAAAAAAAAAAGCUAAGCUAUGGUGAAGCAACCUUUUUUUUUUUUUUUGGUGUAAUACUCCAGGAAGGUUCUUAGAUAGGGGGGUGGGGGCGGGGCAGUUGGGGCUCAGUUUCAGAAAUCGAUCCCAAAGAGCCAGUGUCAAUGAAAGGCCACCGUGGAAAGGCUGGCAAAGUGGCCAUGAAACUUCCUUCACUUUUUAGAACGGGAGUAUUCUUUUUUUUUCUUUUUUUUUUUUCCUCGUUUUAUAGUAUCAGGGAAGCAAACUGCCUUUUACAAGUUAGAAAAUGCUAUUUGAAUCUAGUUGAACCAGGGAAUACAGAGUGAGCAAUAUGUAGCUUGAAUUACCUUUAAAAGUAGUCAUUGUGUUUUUGUUUUGUUUCUUUUGUUUUUUUUUCCUUUUUUAAAAAACAAAAUGGUGAAAAGCACUGAUUGUCAUUUUUAGCAAUCGCUCAUGGCCUACAGAACUUGUUCAAGUCAGAAGGAACUUUUCUUCCUAUCUCAAAAACGGGCAUCGAACAAUCAAUCAUUCUCGGAGCGUGGCGGUGGGGGGGGACGUGGGGGGCAGGCACCAAAGCUAUUUUCUCAUCCAGCCUGUGGAUGACUGGGACUGCAGCAAGAGAUGUGGAAUUACAGGGCGUAACAGCUGUACAGACAAUCAGUAACACACACAGUUCUGGAAAGAACACAUCACUUGUGCUUGUUGGAUGAGCUCCUCGGCAUUCUAAUCCCUCUCCCCAUCCUGUUUCAAUUUUGGGAAACUUGUAUCUGCUGGUGUCAGCUUUUGCUACUACAGCCUUCUCUUUCUAUUUAUUGUGUUGACUCGUGGCUUAGGAAUCAAGGCAGGCCAAGUUUGCAGACUCCAGGCCCUUAAGCACCAUCUUAAGGACAUUUAUUUCCCCCCCCUCCUCCCCAUCCUCCCUCUUUUUAGAUAAUUUUACACUUUUCAGUGUCUAUUUCAGAGUCCUAUUUAAAACUAUUUAUUAGUGAAUACAGUACACGAGACGACAAGGUUACUGAGAUGACGAUUCUUCAAAGGUUAAUGAGAAUGUGGUUUAUACUGUGCCUUAAUAGUAAUGCUAUUUAAGAUAUUUAUUUUUAAGUUUUACUAUGCUGCAUUCUAAAGAAAGGAACUUUAGAUGUGACACUGUAAAAUUAUGUAUUCAUCUCAUGGCAUAAAUUAUUUAGUAGGUCUAGUUGUAGCAUAUUAAAUAUUAACCUAUUCAGCUGAAGAUGCCGACGUGGAUUUAUUUAAAUUCAUAUGUGCACUGUAGAAGAGUACUCUUACAUGAACACAUUUUAGUUUAUUUUAGUUUUUAGGUUUUUUAAGGAAAAAAAAAACAGUAUAUUGCUAGUUCCAUGCUUCCUUCUCUGAUUUUGCUCAUGUAGACCUCAUUUAUUGGGACUUCAUUGGUUUAACACUUUUCUUGUGUAGUUUAUGUAGUUUUUAAAUGCUGCUUUACAUUUCCUUCUGAAACUGCAAUACUUGCGAUUUUUAUUCUUAAACUAAAUUGAAUACUAUUUUACACUGUAUUGGAUUUUUAUACUUGAACAAUUUCAUACAAGGGAAGACAGGUUAGCAUUUUUAUGGACUUUCUCCAUUAUCACUGGAUUUACUUUUAAGUAUUCCCGUACUAGACAGUGUUAUGUAAUGUAGACAUGACUCUCCCGUGCAAAUUAUUUAUUCAUUGUGUAUAUUGCUUUAUAACAUUUCAGAUCUUCUAAUCUAUUCACUUGUAUUAAAUAUAAUUUUUAAAAACUUC